GCCAGCUGACUGCUGCCUGCUGCCUGCUGCCUGUUCCCUGAGGAUGUAAACAGCUUAUACCCGACUUUGCGGCACAUCUUAGUAGAUAUCAACUGUGUUAUCAUGCUGCAUAGCAGACGUUACAUCCCGUCUGUUGUUAAUAACAUGGGGGUUUGAAUGUGUCCCAGCAUGGGCCUCAGAGAUGACAGGCAUCGGCUGCUGCACCUGAUGUCAUGAAGCGUCUGUGGAUAUUCCCUUGACAACCGCGGAUCGGAUACCAAUAUUCAGGAACCAUCAUGCCAAUAACACUUCUGUGGGCCGUGGACGUGUACGGCAGAGUGUACAGCCUUUCUACAGCCGGCCAGCGCUGGGAACGUGCUGAUGACUCGCUGCUAGAGCUCAAACGUGUCUCUGCAGGGAAGGGGCGCUGCUGGGGCAUCGGCUGUGACCACCAUGUUUACCUCAAUAUGAUGCCCAGUGAGACCCCGAUCCGCUACCGGGAGGAGACUUAUGAAAACCAGAGGUGGAACCCAGUGGAUGGCUUUACUGACACACUGCUGCCCACCGACCGUUGGCCGUGGAGCGAUGUGACCGGAAUGAAUCCCCAGCCACUCCACAGCUUCCAGCUGCCCUCCCGCAGCUGGGAGUGGGAGGGAGACUGGUAUGUGGAUCACACCUGUGGAGGAGAACCCAGCCAGACUGGGGGCUGGGAGUAUGCUGUUGACUUCCCAGCCAACUUCUCCCCUGACAAAAAGUGGAAUUCUUGUGUCCGUCGUAGACGGUGGAUCCGCUACAGAAGAUACAUAGCACAAGGCACUUGGGCAAAGAUCCCCUUGGACAAUCCCAGGAAACCUCCACUGCCGCUCUGUGACAUCAGCUGUGGUGGCUGGGAGAUGAGCGACCAGUCCGGAAGGUAUCCCUACCUCUGGAGUGUAUCUCAACAGGGACAGGUGUGGUUCAGAGAGGGUAUCCACCCUCGUGUGCCAGAAGGGACCAGCUGGGAAGAAGUUGAAGUGCCCAAGGAGGUGGCUCAGAUAUCAGCUGGUCCUGGAGACCUGCUGUGGGCUUUGCUCUGGGAUGGGAACCUGCUGGUGCGAACUGGCCUGAGCCUGGACAGUCCCACUGGCACGUCGUGGCUCGAGGUGGAAUCACCGGGAAAGGAAAUUGAAGCGCUUCACGUGGCUGUAGGAGUCAGUGUGGUCUGGGUGGUCACUAAGGACUACAAGGUGUGGUUCAGGCGUGGCGUGAACUCCCACAACCCCUGUGGCUCUGGCUGGAUCAGCAUCGGAGGGGAGAUGAUGAUGGUGGACGUAGGACUGAAUGACCAGGUGUGGGCGGUCGGUGAGGACCGCGGCCUGUAUUUUAGAAUAGGUGUCACCCCAUCUGAGCCAAGUGGAAAUGGCUGGAUCCCUGUUUCUGCCCAAUGGGGCAAUAGUAAAGAGGUUAUUCCGCCCAGGGAUGACUGUGAGUUCAACGGGCAGUUGACUGAGGCAUCACAGGGCUCCGUUCUGAGCUGCACUGAUUCAGACUCAGAGUUGGGUCCUGCCGACCCUCAAAACAGCACUUCUAACACCCCCAUCUUAGAAGCAGAAGCACCCUCUGUAGUCCCAUUAGGGGGCUCUGACUCACCUACGCCUCCACAGGAAAAAGAAGAUGCUCCUUUAGCCCCCCAAACGAAUGCCCCCAAGCCUUUUAUUCCUGCCAGUGACAGCUUCAUCAACAGCCUGGUGUCCGAUCGUGACAGAACCUCCACGCUGCAACCGUCCAUCACAGAGAUGCCGCAGGAAGAGCGUGAGGAGCCACCUCCGGCCCCAGUACUCCAAACCCCUGAUGCCGGAGGGCACGAUGUCCCCUGGAUGAACGUGGACCUGGAGGGGGCAGAGGCGGCUCGAGGUGCACACACGGCAGGGCCCUCAGCGGGCGAUGGCAGUGCGGCUGCCACUUAUGCCCUGGGGACUCUGGAGAGCUCUCGGGGAGUGGGGGAAGAGGAAGGACCAGUGUGGGCUUGGAUUUCCGGUGGAGGUUGCGACGUGGAUGCGAGUUCACAGAUUAGCUGGCUUAGUCCUGCAGGUCCUCUCACCACCUCUCUGUCACUGACUCCAGUCCAGUCAGCCGCCUGGAGCAAACAGCCACAGCAACAGGAACACAGAGAGGAGAUCACCAAGAAACCGCUGGAAAGAAGCAACUCGGUGUGGGUGCGUAAGGGCACACUGCGCUGGUGGAGAGACUGGAAACCUCAGCGCUGGAUCGAUGUGGGCGUUGCUCUCGAGCAGUCCACCAAGUCAGAUGGCAAAAAGGACAGCAUUUUCUUUGUUUACUACACACAGUAUGAUGAGAAAAAGUACCUUCAUGUGUUUAUAAAUGAAGUGACGGCGCUGGUUCCGGUGCUCAGGGACUGCCACUAUGCCUUUGCUGUGUACACUGCCGAAAGGACCAAACAGAGGUGGCCUCUGGUCCUGGCAGCACAAAGCGAAAAGGAUAUGAGUGAUUGGUUGUGCCUGUUGUCUGACUGUUGCUGUGAGUGUCGAGGGAUCACAGGUCUCCCGUCCAAACAGGCCCUGUGGUCCACCACAUCAAAGGGAGACAUCAUGGUCCACGAGCCGUCCCUCUCGCUGGAGGCGCCUGCGCAUGCCAUGGCCUGUGACCUCAUGUUUUGGCGCCAGAUCCACGGCCACCUGCGCUGUGUAGAGUCUAACAGUCUGGGGCUGGUGUGGGGCAUCGGGUGGGACGGCACCGCCUGGGUCUACAGUGGGCGCUGUGAGCAACAGCCCAACCCGGUUUCUGCAGGAGGUGCCGUUCAGAUGCACCAGCAGACCGACGUCAGGAGUGUGCAUGUGUAUGAGAAUCAAAGAUGGAACCCUAUGACUGGAUAUACAGACAAAGGGCUUCCCACAGACCGCCCUAUGUGGAGCGAUGAAAGCGGCCUGAAGGAGUGCAUCAAAGGCAGCACAUACCCGCCCUCCCCUCAGUGGUCCUGGGUGUCAGAGUGGGCCGUGGACUACAGCGUCCCCGGAGGAACGGACAAAGAAGGCUGGCAGUAUGCUGCAGACUUUCCCACGACAUUUCAUGGCCACAAAACCAUGAAAGACUUUGUUAGGCGCAGACGAUGGACUAGGAAGUGUAAGAUCACAUUGCAAGCUCCAUGGAAUCAGGUCCCACCCAUCCGCCUGAGUGACAUCUCACUGAUGCCAUGCCUGGCCCAGAGCAAAAUGGAGCAGGUCCCUGUCUGGGCCCUCAGUGACAAGGGAGAUGUCUUGUGUCGGUUGGGAGUCAGCCUCCAAAACCCUGCGGGCAGCUCGUGGCUCCACGUGGGCACUGACCAGCCCUUUAAGUCCAUCUCUAUCGGUGGAGCCAAUCAGGUAUGGGCCAUUGCCAAGGAUGGAGCUGUCUUCUACAGAGGAUCAGUAUCCCCACAAAACCCUGCAGGAGAGUGCUGGUACCACAUCCCCUCCCCCCUGAGACAGACCCUCAGACAGCUUUCUGUUGGGCGGACCUCUGUCUUUGCUGUGGAUGAAAACAGUAACCUGUGGUACAGACAGGGCCUCACCCCCAGCUACCCACAGGGCUCCGCCUGGGAGCUCAUCUCCAACAAUGUCACCAAGGUUUCUGUGGGGCCGCUGGACCAGGUGUGGAUCAUAGCAGACGGAGUUCCAGGUUUCCCUGCUGAGACUCCCGGAGCCGUCUGCCACAGGACGAGUGUGGGACCCAUGCAGCCCAAGGGCCUGUCCUGGGACUAUGGGAUAGGGGGAGGAUGGGAGCACACCAGUGUGAGGGGGAACUCAGCAGAGGCUCCUCGAGGCCCUCACCCUCCUCUCGCCGGACCAUCGCGCAGCCCGGUCCACCCGCAGCGUCCGACUCAAGCGAACGGCAGCGCCACAAGCGUGUAGCUCUAUCUCUGUCUCCCGUUUCCUUCUCGUCAUUUUUCCUCAGCCCUGUUUGUGCCUGGAUCUAUACACAGCAUCUCUCCUCAGACCAUUUCAACGAACUCCUAUCCCUUCGUGUAAAGGGACAUGCACAAUCACACCCAUGGGUUUGGACUGGCUGGAUUUGAAACUUGAUCGAUGGAUGAAUGUUACUCGCUGGCUUGUUUCCCGGGCAGAAAUCAGAAGUCAAUAUUCACUGAUGACAAAACAGAGAAAAAAGUAAGCGCAUGUUGUUGCUCUUACUAAGCUUUGGCUACUGGAUGUCACAGGAUCUAGCAAUAGCUUUUAAUUCUUCUCCACAGCAGCCUGAUAAAACCUAAAAAGGUGGGAUAUGAUGAAGGGCUAAGGCUUGGUUACCAAAUGAACUUCAAACAAUCCCAGAGUAGCCUAAGCUGUUAUCGGUUUGUAGACUCCUGUUUGUUUUUGUGUUUUGAGUUGCCUGUCAUGUACAUUUGAAUGUGUUAUCAUUUAUUUAUGAUGCGUUUGUUGAGUUGUGUUUCUCCGUUUACUUUGGACCAUUACAUGUUUGCAAUGGAGUGUAUUUAUGACUGGCAAAAAAAUUUGAUACAUUCACUUCGUGUGGGGAAAAAUAUAUUGCUUUUUACCGCCAGGCAAUACCUUUCUAUCCUUCUGCAAUAAAAUGAGAAGCUCUUGCUGUUGACAGAAAUCUAUAUCUAUCUAUCUAUAUCUAUAUCUAUAUCUCUAUAUAGAUAUAGAUAUACACACACAUCUAGAUAACUGCUAUGACCGUAACACUGCAGCAGGUCUGAAUGUCACCACGGCUGUACAUUGAUCUUACCGGGGCAUUGAAAUGUGAAAUAAACGUCUGGAAAUAC